AAACUAAAAGUUAAUUAAUAAUUUUAAAAAAAUUAAGUAAAAAUAAAUUGAAACAUUUUUUUUUUCAAAUUAAUUACAAAUGUGGCCAAAUUGUUAAAGGUUUAAAUAAAAUUUUACAGAAUAAUCACUUUACAUGAAUGAACACCACAUUUUUACCCAAAAUACAUUACAGGCUAAUUACUAAUUUUUCCUCCCGAACUUUGAUAUGUACUAAAUCGUGUCUCCUGAACUUUUUUUGCCGUUAAAAAUUCCCUCAUAACUAUUGAGAUUGUUAAAUUUAAGGACUUUUAUCUAAUUUCAUUCAAUUUUACUGUUUCAGUGAUUGUUUAUGUACUAAACCAUACUCGUCAGACUUUGAUAUCUACCAAAUCAUGCCUCUCAAAUUUUGAUAUGUACUAAAUUAUACCCCUUGAACUUUCAUUCAUGUUAGAAUUUUUUUACUAAAAUUAGAUAAAAGUCCUUAAAUUUAAUAAUCUCAAUAAUUUGUGAGGAAUUUUUAAUGGUUAAAAAAAUUGAGGGGUCACGAUUUAGUACCUUGAAACCUUAAAGUUAACAAAAAUUACUAAUUAACUUAUAUUAAAUGAUGAUGUGGUUGCUGGGCUGGGCUUCGAGUGAAACCAAUCCGAGAUACAACUCCCUCUUCAGUUCACCUGUAACUGUAAAGAAAGAGGCCAAAAUUUGCAGAGUGGUGACAAUGGUGAGUGAAUGAGAGCGAGACUCAAAAUAUAGGUUGAGGCGCAUCAAGCAGAGAGCUUUUUAGUUAAUCUUUCCAUAAUACUUCAAGUACUAAUACUUCAGGUAUAUUCUUAUUCAUCAUAUUGAAAAAGAAACUAAAUGAUUCGUUUAAUAUGCAAAAAGACUCUGUCUUGCAGUAUCCAUGGCUUGUGUUUCACUAAGUAUUUUCUCAGACCCAUCUCAGAAAUGUCUAGUUUUACUGACUCACGAUCUCAUACGGUUUCAUAUCUCCAAAAUUCAUGUGGGUUGUCCCUGGAUUCUGCCAUUUCUGUUUCUGAGAAGCUUUUAAUUGUAGACACUGAAAAGACUGAUACAAUCCUACAGUUGGUGAGAACUCAGGGGUUAACUCAAGCCCAGAUUGCAAACAUUAUCACAACUCGUCCUACAUUGCUUUUAGCUAGAUUUGAAGAUAAACUUAGGCCUAAUAUGGAGUUGCUUGAGUCAUUGGGGCUCUCUAGAGCUAGCAUAGUAAGGUUGCUAUGCAAAGACCCACGUGUGCUUGAUAGUCAUCUAGUUGAGUCAGUUGAGUUGUUUAGGACUCAGUGUUUUAGUGAUAAGAAAAUAACAUCAAUAAUCAUGAGGUAUCCAACAUUACUAUUUCUAAAUCCAAACAAGAAUUUGAAACCAAAACUGGAUUUUUUUAAAGCUAUGGGCUUUGCAGAUGAUGAUGUUGCAAAACUUUUGUCAACUCAUCCUUAUAUUUUACUAAGAAGUCUUGAAAAUUAUAUCAUUCCUUGUUUUCAAGUGCUAAAGCGAGUUCUUGGUACUGAUGAGAAUGUUCUCAAGAUCAUGAAAUCAGGUUACUGGAUACUCAAGUUCAAAUUGGAAGAGGUGCUUGAGCCAAACAUAUCUGUUUUGGAGAGCCUUGGUGUUCCCAAACCUAUAAUUGUGAGACUCUUCAUGAUUCAUCCAAGAUCACUGCUUUUAAGUUCUAAUAGGAUUAGAGAGAUUUUUGAUGAAGUUCUGAAGUUGGGUUUUAAUCCCAAUACUUUGUACUUUGCUCUAGCGUUUCGGUCCAUGGCUGUGAUUAAUAAGAAUCUGUGGAAUCAAAAGUUGGAAGCUUACAAAAGUUUUGGCUUAUCUGAAGAACAGGUGUAUUCAGCAUUCAGAAGGCAACCCAUGUGUAUGCUUAUUUCCUUGAACAAGAUCAAGAAAUUGAUGAGUUUCUUUACUCAAAAUUUGCAUAUAGAACCUUUAGUAAUUUGCAAGAAUCUUGAUCUUUUACAUUAUAGCUUGGAGAAAAGAAUUAUUCCAAGGUGUUCAGUUCUGCAACUUCUGAUGUCAACAGGUGUUUUGAAGAAAGAUGUGAAUGUUGUUUAUUAUUUUCAAAUGAGUGAAGAAAAAUUCGUUGAGAAGGUUGUGAGGAAGUAUGAGAUUGUGUGUCCUGACAUUGUUGAAGCUAGCAAAGGCAUGGUUGAAUUUCAAGGGUUUCCUGUUAUCUCUAAGACAACUCUGGUUGCCAAUUAAAUAUCAAGAACAGAAGAUCAAAGAUACUCAAAGUUUAUAUGAGUUGCUUAUCUUGAUCUUAGAUAAAUAAGAUGAGAGGACCAACAAGAGAAAUUAUUUCUAGGAUGUUUCAACUUUCAACUAUGUCACUAGAUGAGACCCUAUCUAGAUUUGUGGCGUCUUGUAGAAUUGGUAUGGCUUUCGGUCGGUCUCUGGACUUGAAACUGAGGACUGGUAUGUUUUAUGCAAUCCAUCACACUCACUUUCUAUGAAGCCCAAUUCUUUCUGUUCUUUCUUUCCCCACUGUAAUGUUGAGUUAUGAUAUACCUAAGAAUUUUAUGUUCUUAGUGCUGUAUUAACACUAAGUUAUCAGGUCUUACUAGCUAGUGGAGUUGAUCACACAAGGCACUGCAAUUUCUUGAUUUUUACUGUAAUUCAUGUGUGUGUACAAAGGAUUUAUUCUUGAUUUUUAGUUGCAUUUACUCUAUGUAUAGUCUCAUAACA